UACUGACGAGCGACCGGUCGACAGAGUGAAAGAUGGAUUCACGAUUCCUUUGCCGAAGAAAUCAUUUUUAUUCCGGGUAAUUAAGGAUAUAAUUCAGCAUACUGUCCAGACCUCUUUCAGAAACUAGGAUCAGAGCUACAACAAGUGAAGAUCACGAGCAGAUUCUAUCUGAUAGUCUGCACCUUGUGCAACCAUGAACCAUGGGGACUUGCGUGAGCUUAGACCAAGAGCAGAAGAGGGCUCGUCAUCGCAGCGAGGAGAUAGACCGCAACUUGGUAGCUAUGGCUAGACAGGAAGAGAAUAUAGUCAAGAUCCUCUUACUAGGUGCUGGGGAAAGUGGAAAGAGUACACUGGUGAAGCAAAUGAAAAUUAUACACAGUGAUGGUUUCACAGAUUAUGAACUCAUGAGUUUCAAGCCUGCUGUCUUGGAUAAUCUACUGAAUUCCAUGAAGUAUGUGCUCAACGGGAUGGGCCUGUUACGAAUACCUCUUGCCAACUCUAGAAAUAAGUCCCAUGCACAAGCAAUCCUGCAGUGCCAUAGAUGUUUUGAUGAACACACCGUAAUGAAGCAUGACAUAGCGACUUCACUCAUUGCCUUGUGGAACGAUGCUGGAAUACGUCAAUGUGUUUCCAGAGGACAUGAAUAUGAACUCAAUGACUCUGCUCUCUACUAUUUUGAGAAUAUAGAGAGGCUGACAUCUGAGAAAUACAAACCAGAUACUCAAGAUGUCUUGAGAGCUCGAGUCAGAACAACAGGGAUACUGGAAACACACUUCAAAAUAAGGGGUGUCAUAUUCAGGUUAUAUGAUGUCGGAGGUCAGAGGUCGGAGAGAAGGAAAUGGAUCCAGUGUUUUGACGAUGUCAAGGCAUUACUUUUUGUAGCUGCACUCAGUGGUUAUGAUAUGGUUCUCUUUGAAGACCCAGAAGUGAAUCGCUUGCAAGAGAGUCUGAAGCUGUUUGAAUCCAUCUGCAAUAAUUGUUUCUUCCGUCAAACAACAAUGAUUCUCUUUCUCAACAAAGUGGAUUUGUUCCAGUACAAAAUUCUACACACACCAAGGCAGCUUCAACAUUACUUCCCAGACUUUCAAGGCCCUGACUAUGACAUUGAUGCUGCAGCCAAGUACAUCCAAAGACGCUUCCAGCUGUGCAACCGCAACCCCAAGAAGGAAGUGUACCCCCAUUUCACCACAGCAACGGACACUAGCAACAUGGAGGUGGUCUUUCAGGUAGUGACAAACACGAUCGUCAAAGACAAUCUUGAGGCUGCUGCCCUCAUGUGAUGCCUACAUUCACAGCCUUGCCAGCCUCGUUUGCAUUUGUAUACCAUGCAGUUUUUAUUCCUUCAGUUAUGUGAUCUGCAGGUUUUGUAACCAGUUGGUUAGUCCUGCCAUGUGACAUUGACUUUGGAAUGCCUGGGAUUACUCUGUUUUACUUUAAUUUGCGACCCUCGUGGAUGCAGUUACUGGUGCUUGUGGUCUAUAUGCAUCUUAAUGGCCACUGUAUACUCUUUAAACAGAAAUACUGUUUGUCAUAUCCUAUUUUUCAUUGAGUCUGGGCUGUGGUUCCUGAAGGAUAUAUGCUGUCACCUAUGAUAUUUUGCAAGAUGUACAUAAUUAGUCAACAGGGUUGGUAACAGUGAAGAGUCAUCAGGCAUUCUGGUACAAGACCCAUGCCCUCUGAGAUUGAUUGAUGACUCGCAAGGGAUUGUUGCCUGUCCAUGCCUUUUUUUAGAGUUAUGUGGGUUGAGUUUUCUUGAAGGCUGUUUUCAAAGUGUGCACCAUCAAUGAUAAAAAAUAUAUUUUCAUUGGAGAAUUCACAUAUCAAUCAUCUUGAAUAAUCUAAAGUUAAGAUAAUAAAUUGAGAUGAAAUAUAUUUCAGAAAAACCCCAAGAUCAUAAGUGUCAAGGUAUAAAUUUUGUAAAGUGAUGUUUUAUAACAAAGUGUACAGUCAAAAGCAAAUGAUUAAGAAUUAAUGAGCAAACUUGUAUUCAUCAUGGUACUGUCAUGUGACUAACCAUAUGAUAUUCUUCAUAUUUUCAAAAAGAAUUAUGAUCACAAGUAUGAAAUGUUUUUAAACAAUAUUCAUACUUUCAAGUCAACUUUUUAUAUGAUUAUAAAAACCUGUCACAUUUUCAAGUGUUUGAGCAUUACAUUGCAACAACC